UAGGGGGCAGUUAGCGGCCUGGUGGCGCGGGUGCCAGCCCCAGGAGCCAGCAGGUGUGACACAGAGGGGCGUGAAGCUUCAGGCUGCCCUCCUCCUGACUCAUCCGCCUGUGGACGGGCGCUGAUGUCUCCCAGUUCUGACAGCGCUUGAGCCUGAAUCCAUCACUUUUCGUCGGCAGAGAGUGGUCUUGGGAGAGAGGUUUAUACCUUGCUACCCAGAGCUUUCACGAGCCUGAUCUGCUCGUAUGCAGAUGGCAGUAUUCCAUACCGCAGAGAGCUGGUUCUGAUGUUUCUGGAACAUUGCACCAGGCAUUUAGUACUUUAUUAAGUUGGUAUUAAUGUAACUGGCGAACGCGAUGCAGUGACUGCUCUGGGGACUGCACAUUUUAACGUCCUCAGGAGCAGCAGAAGGUGAGUACGCAGCAAUUUCCUCAGUUUCUUCCUCAGAACUUCUGUACCUUUUUUUAAAUUUUCUUUUUUCUUUCCGGAGGACUUUAUUCUAUCAGCGGACCUUCCCUUUAAGGACUCGGGAAGUUCCGCCCGCUACGGAAGCCGACGCGGUCAAUCCGCGGAGCCCGUGUACCGAUCUGCUGGUUCUUCCCGCUCGCCGUCCCCGGCCCAGCUUUCCAUCCUCACCAAGCCUUGUCUCACGAUCUGGAUUUGUGAUUUCACUUCCCUGGGGUGUUUUCCUGGUCACUCCUCCCUGGACCUGGCCUUGUACUUGAAGCGCUGUGGAGAGGAUGGCUGUUCUUCUGAACAGGCUGAUGCUACAAACCUCAGUUGGAAGAUGUUUCAGAAAACACAUCAUGAAGCCAGCCCCGGCACAGCUGCCCCUGACCGCCUCCACCCCGAAGCUCUGGUACCUGGUUUCUACAGAACGCUUUAGUACUGCUGAAGACAGCCACGGGCAGAAGAGACAGAAGAGGAAAGAUGCUUUCACUAACACUGGCAGGAAAAUUAGCGAGCGGGUUAUCCGCGUCCUGGAUGAGAAAGGCAGCGACCUGGGGGUGAUGCACCGAGCGGAUGUAAUCAGACUCAUGGACCAGCAGGACUUGAGGCUGGUGAAGAAGAACACCAGCUCAGAGCCACCGGAGUACCAGCUCAUGACCGGAGCACAGAUCCACCAGGAGCGGCUAAGGCUGCGGGAAGACGAAAAGGCCAACCCCAAAACUGGGCCAGCUGUGGUAAAGGAACUCGUUUUUUCUUCAAAUAUUGGACAGCAUGAUCUGGACACCAAGAGUAAACAGAUUCAGCAGUGGAUUGAGAAAAGAUACCACGUUCAAGUCACAGUAAAGAAGAAGGAGAGUGCUGACCGGCCAGAGAAAGAGACGGAUGAGAUACUGAACCAGAUUCUCCAGACUAUGCCUGGACUAGCAACCUUCUCAAGCAGACCGAAAGCCGUCAGGGGAGGAACCGCCUCCACAUGUGUUUUCCGUCCCUUGAGCAGGAAAGAAGAGAAGGCGUACAGAGAAUCUCAAGAGGCCGAGAGAAGGGACACUUCGAGCAAAGACCACAGGACCACGGAGUCAGACGUUCUGUGUCAGUGAUUUUAAUAAACAAACCCAGGCUCUGCAGAA